AUGCUUAGAACAAAUGGCGUAAUGUCAGCAAGAAUAUAUCGACCUCCCUCAAGAGAAUCUCAUAAUCUUUUCGAAAAUGAUCCGAAAGACCCUAAAACCUCCAAACAAUUACUAAAAGCCAAUGCUAGCAAUUUGGAAGCAGCACACCUCAAAAGAGUCCAACUACUCGAUCCAAAGAUGGCUCUCCAAAUACCCAUGGCUGAUUAUUCGAAAGAUGGAACCAUGACUGACGAUGGAGGACAUUCUCCAACUCUCAGUCAAGGCACAAUAGAUGGAUCUUCAUCACCAAAGAGAAGACUCAAACUUGAAAAUCAACAUAAACAUCAAAAAGAAAUGGAAUCCAAGAUGAGAACCAUUGAAAAAUAUGGAAGAAUUGUGAAUAGAAGAGAGGAAAUUAAAAAGGAUCCUGAUUUUCAAACAAAUCUCUUUAAUUAUGCACAGAAAAAGAUUUUAGAAAAGGCAAGUUUUGGACAAAUGCAACCACAAGUGAAAGCUCAGAUUUUGGAGGUUGAUGAUUUACUGGAGGGAAUAUUUGAUAUCGAUGAAGCAAAUUUGAAAAGACCAAGGAAAUUGAAAAAAAGGGAAGCUCCACCAAUAGAUCCCAAUUUUGGUAAAGACUAUGUUAAGGCAAUGACAAGUAAAUCAGUCCAGUUAAUAUGCGAAUUGAGAAGGAGUAAGGAAUCCCAUGACAAGAUUAUCAAUAACGUUCUAUUAUCCAACACAGAACAAGAAAAAUCACAACGAGAGAAAAUCAACAAGAAUAUAGAACUAAUGAAACAAUCCAUUUCAAUCAUUCAAAAGAUGGAAGAGGAAAGAAAGAAGCAACGUAUGAAAGAACGAAAAGGAAACUUGAAAACAGAUGAAUCAGAUGAAUGAAAAGGUUUAUUAAUAUUUAAUGUUUUUGUAAAUUCUUGAAAAACCUUAAAAACAGUUUU